AGCAAACCCACCAAUCCAAAACAAAGGGCUGCGAUGUCUCCCCUUCGCCUCCGUGCCUUCCUGGAGAAGAAGGGGCCAAUCACCAUGGAGUAGGAAGGGCGAGCGGGUCAAACCUACUCAGAGGGGCGUGUCCCAGCUCGAGGUUUUGCUUGCUUGCUUGUUUGCUUGCAAGGAAGGCGCCUGCAGGGCUUUCCGACUCUCAUUUCGGAAGCGCCGGUGCCAAAGAUUCAUGGCUAGGAUGUGGGUGCAAUUCAUAAUAUGCCUGGUAUUGAGCAGGACAGCCUCUUCCUUGCAGUGCCCCAAUGGGCAGAAAUGUGAAGGAUCUUCAACAUGUUGCAAGGUCCCUGGAGGAGAUGAGUAUAUCUGUUGCAACCAGCCUCAGUUCACAGGAGCAUCCCUGCGCAUGUUGCCCCCAGAGAGCAGGAAUGAGGUCUCUGGUGUUGUGUGUCCUGAUGCCAACACGUGUCCAGUGAAACACUCCUGUCAGCUCAGCCUGAACGCCACCUUUGCCUGCUGUCCCUGGGAGGAGGCCAUCCCUUGUGCUGAUGGCCAUCAUUGCUGCCCCCGUGGCACCCACUGCAGCGCUGAUGGAAGAGUCUGCAUAGAAAAUGAAGAUUUAACCUUUGCUGCCAUAGUCAGUGCUGUUCAGUGCCCAGAUAGUGAAUGGGAAUGCCCAAAUGACUCCACUUGUUGUUUGAUGGCUGAUGGAUCCUGGGGAUGUUGCCCAAUGCCAGAGGCAUCCUGCUGUGCAGACAAGAUUCACUGCUGUCCCCAUGGCACAACUUGUGAUCUGGUCCAAGCAAGGUGCCUUGAAGCUUUUGGGGAACAGCCUCUUUCAGAGAAGUUUCCAGCAAAGAAACGGACCCUGGUGUUAAAUCUGACUCAGAAAAACAUCUGUCCUGGUAAUCACUCUACUUGUCCAGAUGCUGCCACUUGCUGCCUGCUCCCAACUGGCGAAUAUGGUUGUUGCCUUUUACCAAAUGCUGUGUGCUGCAGCGACCACCUUCACUGUUGCCCACAGGGCACUAAGUGCGACCUGAAGCAUUCCAUAUGCACCGUGACCCCCCAGUGGUCAUGGCCCAUCACCCACCUCUCUGCAGGCCUCCAGACAGCUCGUGAUAUAUAUUGUGAUUCAGAGUUCGCAUGCCCAGAUAAUAAUACUUGCUGCAAGACAACCUCAGGUUCCUGGGGGUGCUGCCCACUGCCAGAGGCUGUGUGCUGCUCAGACCAUGUCCAUUGUUGUCCAAAGGGUUACCAGUGCAACUUGGAGGAGGGCACCUGCCAGAAAGAUGCCCAAAGCAUCCCUUUGGUGUCAAAAAUAAACCCAAGCUCCACAACAGCCUCAAAAAUAGACACAAGCUCCACAGCAGUCUCCACAGGCACAGUGGUGCAGUGUGAUCCCUACGACGCUUGCCCAGAUGGCCAAACUUGUUGUCGCCUUGUAACAGGUGCUUGGGGGUGCUGCCCGUUUGGACAGGCCGUUUGCUGUCAGGAUCACAUUCACUGCUGCCCCAGUGCCUAUCACUGUGAUCCAUCAUCAGGCAGUUGCCUAAAGGACGGAGAUCGUAUCCCUUGGGUGGAGAAGACAGCAGCAGUUGUUGGCAGCCUCCUUUCAAGCAGGGAUGUAAAGUGUGAUGACCAGGUUAGCUGUGCAGAUGGGCAAACGUGUUGCCUACGUUCGGGAGCCUGGGCAUGCUGUCCCCUCUUUCAGGCAGUUUGUUGCAAAGACGAAGCACACUGUUGUCCUCAAGGCUAUACCUGUGACAUAACACACAGUUCCUGCAACAAAAGCAGGGGCUCUUCCCAGGGGAUCUCAGUGACUCCCAUUCUGGCAAGGCAAGAGAUGGUGGUGAAAUGUGACAACUUCAGCAGCUGCAAAGAUGAGGAGACCUGCUGCAAACUGGCCUCUGGUGAUUGGGGUUGUUGUCCUUUCCCAAAAGCAGUCUGCUGCUCUGACCACUUGCAUUGCUGCCCCAAUGGCUACAUUUUCGAUCCAGCCACAGGCAGCUGUGAAGAAUCAAAGCGCACUCUGCCUUGGGCACCCAAACUGCUUGCCAAGAAAUUGCAAAAGGAUGGCAUUCUUUGCAACAGCAGUGUCAGCUGUGAGGAAGGGCAGACCUGCUGCCUGAGCCUGUCUGGUGCUUGGAGCUGUUGCCAGCUGCCCAAUGCAGUUUGCUGUGAGGAUCACCAACACUGUUGCCCCUCUGGCUAUACCUGCAACGUGGCAGCCCAGAGUUGUGAGAAACGGCAGUGGCUCGGCCCCCUGGCUGCUGCAGGGGGCCAGCUGAUUUCCUCGCAAACUGCUAUCUCCAGUCAGGAUGUCUUGUGCGGUGAACAACAUUACUGCCACGAGGGCCAGACCUGCUGCAAGGCCAAGGGGGGUGGUUGGGCCUGCUGCCCUUACCAAAAGGGAACCUGCUGUCGUGACAAGCGCCAUUGCUGUCCAUCAGGCUUCUAUUGUUCCAUAUUUGGAUUUCGGUGCUACAGAAGGAAGCCUUUCCGUUGGGACAUCAGUACCUUCUCCCCACAUUCUGUUGGAGCACAUGUUUUGCUUUGAAGUGCCUUUUGGGGUGGAUUUGCCUGAUGCCUUGGGUUAGAGUGAGCUGUUUCAGGGAGAGUGGUGUAAGAAGGUGAACCAGGGCCAUUUUGCCAAAUUGCUAUUCAGAUCCUAAAGGAUGCCUACUACCCUACACUUAUCACCAUCAUGGGCCAAGCAGGCCAUCUUCUCUACUUAUAACAAGUCAACCCUUGUAUUCCUACAUCUCAUUUUUCUUUCUUUCCAUCCAUGGUUCAUUGCCCUGUCCAAAGUCAUCAGGGCUGCAAGCUGGAAUCUGGAAAAGUUGCCAUCUUGAGCUUCUGCUCUGAAGGUGCAGUGGCUUAACCUUGAAAGGGAGGGGAGUUUCAUGCACUUUCCAAAAAAGAAAAAAAUAACAGAUUGGCAGAUGAUUUUGCUGCAUUACCCCUUCCAGCCCUGUCCAUCUCACCCCACCCCACCCCACCCCACCCCCUUCCCAGUUGGCUGGUGUGUUGCUCUUUAUUUUCUGGAUGGCAUCACUUACUCUCUGAAGAGCAAAAGUGUCUCCUUUUUCUCACAGUGUUUGGAAAGUACAGAGAUGUUAAUUGCCCAGGUGAACCAUUGCAGAUGACUUGAAUCACUUCUGCUUAAAGAAGGGCUGCCCAGCUACCCUUCAUUGAGGUAUUAUGGUGAUUUCUGCUUUCUUUUUAAGAUCCUAUUCUAUUUAUACACAGCUUCCCUUUUUCAGAAAGUCCUAACACUGCUGCAGGAAGAUGCAAGCUUAUUUCUGGACAAGUAAUACACAUUUGUUUUGUUUCAGCUGAUACUUAGAUUUUGGCACCUGAGCAAUUGGGGGGAAAAUGGUUGUCUUUGACUAUCUCUGUUUGUGUGUUCUGUCCUGUGAUCUCCUAUGCAGAAUGAACACAGUUGAUGCUGCUUUUCCUCCCCUGCACCGCCCCCCCCCCAAUUGCUAAUAUGAGAGCUUCAACUUAAAAGAGACAGGUGCUUUCUCUGUUAGCAAACGUUGAUGCUAUGGUUGCACAGACAAAUGUGGAAAAAUCCAAUAAAAUUUGAUCAAGGUAAUGGUACAGUUUUCCAUUUUUAACAAUUUCUACUUCUUAACAAAGGUUAACUUACAAGAAACUUAGAGGAUUUUCACAUGAUUUGUGACUCAUGGGAAUUAGGUUAAUAGCAAUUAAUUUUUAAGUAUCUUGGCUUUUUCACUUGACUUGGGGUCAGGGGGAGAGAAUUUAAUCUUUCUUUUACAAAGUAUCUUUAGUGAUCUGACAGUUUGGUUCUUCCUCACAGAGGCCGCAAAACUGUGGAGGUACCUUCUACAUAAUUGAAACUUGAAAGUAGCCGUCUUGCCCUUGAGGAUGGUUGGGUUCUACACAAAUCUGAAAGGGCGACCCUUUUGUCUAGAUCCUGCCACAGUGUUAUAGAACAGCACUUUGCAUUCACCCUACAUAUUAAAUGAUGAAACAUUUACCUAAACUUGCAAGACAGGACAGAAGUAUUUUGAAUCAUAAACAAUCAUAGCAGGAUUCCAUCCACACUUUGUGCCCUCUAGAUGUGUUGGACUGGUGGGUAUGGGACUUUUAGUACAACAUACCUGGAGGUUGCCAGUUUGGGGAAGGUUGAGACAAUGUGAAGGAUAAAGACAGUAUUACUUAGGGUGUGCUUCCAUAACUCUGGCUGAUACUCUUUUUUUUUUGGCCUAAUAUUUAAUGUAACCUUCAUUUAUCUUGCCCUAAUUAUUCUGCUUUGGCUGUUGCUGUCAGCUUGGUGCAGGAGCCAGAGAGUGAGAACCAACAGGUAUAUGGCUGGGACAUCUUUCCCUUACACAAAUAUUGACCUCUCUUCCUGAGUAGCUGUUGAGUGUGGGUACUUUCUUCCCUCUCCCCUGCGGCCUGCUCUCAUCCUCUUGACAAGUUGACUUCAUCAAGAGCUGGGUGGCCCUUUCAUAGUCCUUGCAUGAUCACUUCUCAGCAUCAAAUCAGGGAUGAGAAUGGCUCCUCUCACCUACAACAGCCACCACUACCAAGAAACAGGUACCACCUUCAGCAGCCAAUUGAUCUCAAGGGGGUGAGCUUUGGAAAUUCCAGUGUUUGUUUUUAAGGCACUUUGCAAAACCACUUGGAGCCAAAAUGAAGCAAGAUUGGGGCAAAGGGUAUAGCAGGAGGCAAAGAAAAAUCAGCAUGUUAGACUGAAGGUAGUUCAGGAUCUUCUUUACAUCAUAGGGAGAAUGACAUUAGAGGACAAGGAUUUCUGAUUCCCAGUUAAAGUAAAAUUUGAGGUGAUUUAUAAUGUAACUUUAAGGAACAAUAUUGAACACUGUUCCUUGCUGAGUGAUGGCCUUGGCCCAACCAGCCAUUUUGAUUAAUAUAGUCCCUUGCUUGACUUCUGCUGAUUAUAAAAGCUAGAGCAUGUCUUGCACAAGUGAUUUUAGAUUUUAAUUGGGCAGCUUCUGGUACCAUGGUCCUGAGAUGGGGGAAGAGGGACCUUAGCAUGGAUACAUAAGUUUCCCCAAACCAUAAUGCUAGAAGAUUCUCAUAUCACACCCAAAUACUUUGACCACUUCUAGGAGAACUGGAAUAUGUUAGGCAGGAGGCAAAAGGCUUCCAUGUUAAACAUUGUCUUUCAGAUACAGCUUGAAAUUAGGUGAUUGCUGGCCAAGAGUUGGUGCACAGCAGUCCAUUAGUUGCUCCAUCAAUAUGCAGGGGGAUUAUCUUCCAACUUCUGAAGUCCUUGUAAUAGGCCCCCUUUAACUAAAGGCACUGUUGUAGAAAAACAGAUAUGUUAAACUGAAAAACAGGGCAAUGAAUGCACUGGGGCCUAGUGAGAGCUUUGUUCUAGAUUGAAUAUCCUAAAGCUAAAAUAUGAUGAGGGUCUGCUCUUUUCCAUAGUUGAUGCUCAGUGGAAUUGUACUCAUGAGCUCCUUAGUUUCUCUUCUACCAUCUUAACUGCAGCACCUUUGAGGAAUAAUCUGAGCUUUUCCUUACACUACUUUCCUUAGUCUUUUUUUCUUUCUUCUUCCUUACUGUUCUCAUUCUGGUUUUAGUGCCAUAUUUUGCUCAUUGGAGAAAUGAAUUCUUAAUAAUACUAUAGUGAGAUGUAAAGUGAAAAGGCAAAGUGAAAGAAAGUCUGGAUUGAUGCAGGAUUUACCUCCUGUUCUUAGCAUUCCAAAUUUAGUAGUACUCAAUUUUUUCAUUCCAUUUUUAAUUGUAUGCUUUGGUGAUCUGAACAUAAAUUGCUACUACUAGCAAAAAUAAUCCCAUAGAAGUCUAACCAGAAUCAUGUGCCAAUGAGUUAAAGACUAUUUACUCCAAGGUAAAAGCCUAAACAAGCAGCUUGACAUGAAUUAGAUCUCUUUGGCUAUGCUGACUCGGGAAUUCUGGGAGUUGAAGUUCACACAUCUUAAAGUUGCCAAGUUUGAAAAAUGCUGGCUUAGAAUGCCGUGACCCCAGUUAGAGAGAGAGAGACUGAAAAGCUGCCUCAUUUCAUAAGUGUGCUUUCCUUUCAUCUUUUCUCUUUGAAGAGGCAUUCAUGUAAACCAUCCAUUAUGCUACCCUUCAAUUUGGAGGGGGGGGGGGCAUGUGUGGAAGUCUUGUUUUUAAAAAAGGACUUAAAAAGCAUGCACAUUUUAGAGGCAAGACACUUGUAAAUCCUUUUGCUCUACCUAGAACCUGUUCCAUCUUUUUUCUGAGUUGGCAUGAUUCUUAAUUGGUGGCUCCCAGACUUGGGCGUCGUGUUCAUCCAUUUUCCCAAGAUGUCAGCAGUUCUUCCUUACUGAAAUUAUAACUCUUUUGUUUUCCCAUUUUCACCCCCAGCUCAGAGGUUGGUUUGAUUUUGCAGGAUGGCUUCAGAAAAAUGAAUAGGAGGAAAAUUGAGACAGCGUUUCUGAAAUGGCAGAACCACUGUAAGAAAUGGCUCUUCAGAAAGGCAUUUGGAGCUACAUGAAAAUGAUGCAGUCCCUGAAUGGUGGUGCAUCAGCCGUCCUUUUCAUUACUGUUGUGUCAAUUUUUUUGUGGUGUUACUUGAAAGCUGCUUGGUGUCUUGUUAUAGGAUAAGUUAAUGGCCAGACUGUAAAGGGUUAAAGUUGCACUGGAGAAGCAACCGGAAAAGUAUAUACAUGUAAGACUGAUUUAAGUGUUCGAAGCCAAGCUAUGAAGGGUUAGAGAAUACUUGAAAACUUUUUUUUUU